ACUGUCCAGCUCUCCUCCUCCUCUCACCACCCCUCACCUCUCCGCCCUCCGUCUCCUCUUGGGUAAGGGGCAGCGGAUGAAGUGAGACGAUGGUCAUCCGAGUGUUCAUCGCCUCUUCCUCAGGCUUUGUGGCGAUAAAGAAGAAACAGCAAGAUGUAGUUCGUUUUCUGGAAGCAAACAAGAUAGAAUUUGAGGAGGUAGACAUCACAAUGUCAGAGGAGCAAAGACAGUGGAUGUACAAGAACAUUCCUCCAGAAAAAAAACCGGCUCAGGGUAAUCCAACACCACCACAAAUAUUCAAUGGAGAUCGAUACUGUGGGGAUUAUGACAGCUUUUUUGAAUCAAAGGAAAGCAACACAGUCUUUUCAUUCUUAGGCCUCAAAGCAAGAUUGCCAUCAAAGGCAGAGCCCUAGGAGGAGGAAGAGAACAAAGAGGGCAGAAGCACAUUUGGAAGAGCAAGGAUGGUGUUCAGCAAACAGCCGCGUACCUAAUGGAUCACUGUGAUAAAAGCCGCGUGCAUCAUCAGCACUUUGCUUGCUACUGAAGAAAUGCUUUCCAAAGAUGUGGGACCACUGGGCAUUUCAAAAACCUAUAAAUCAAAUUGGCCAUAUAGUGGAUUGUUCCUUAUUUUCCGAUUUACCUACAUUUCACGCACUGUCUUCGGGGAGUCAUUUCCUGGAUACUGGUAGUCUUCCUUCAUAGUUUCAAAGAUAAGUGGAUGGCGGCCACCAGAUGAUAAGUGUAGCAUCCCUACUCUACUGCAGUGGAUACCCACGUUAGUCAGACUUGCUUUCCUUUAAGCUAAUGCUGCCCAGAUCAUGUUCUUGAAAUUCGUUUAUUAGAACAUUUGUAUCUCUUGAGCCAGGCGGGGGAGGAAAAUGAUGCUUUGGUAUAAGGGUGAUGAAGAAAAAUGGCUCAUAACUAGGAAUGGUGAUACUUCUGUUAUUUGUAAAUACCACAUACAUAUAACCUUUGAUGUUACAGCCUGCUUACUGUAAUAGGAACUCUUCAUACUUAUAAAAAUGAUUCUAAGUUCAUUGUCACAGUAAAAUGUACAAAUGAUUGAGGGAAAUUUUGCUAGAGCGUUGAAAACUUGAUAUUUUGGAAAGUGUCAGAUUUUUUUUUUCUCCUCUUUAAAGAACUUUUCCACUUUGUCAUAAGAUGCUUGACAGAUAGAUAUGUUUUAAAUUGUGAAGACCAUGCAUUAACCUAAUCAGAAGUUUAUAGGGAAAUUGUUUGGCUUACCUGAAGGUUUUGUGAUUUAGAAAUGUAUUGCAUAUAUGUGUGUGUAUAUGUUUACAUACAUGCAUAUGUGUUAUUGACACACACACAUAUAUAUAUUUUUAGUGUACCCUUCCCCAAUAGCUACUUACUGUUUCUGGUAAAGGGAUUAUAUUUUUUGAAAAGGGAGCUCUCAGUUAGAUAUAUUUUGUGUACCCAUUGAUGAGUCAUAUUAAAUGAUACUGAUACCUCCA